CCCGCACUCCGCGCUCCGUCCGUCAUUAAAUCAAAUUAGUAGCAGUCGAUGGAUAGAAAUUGGAUUUAUCGUUGAAUUCUAGUAUAUUAAUACUAGAUUUAGUGAUCUUGUUUACAUUAGUGAUUAAUAGCGAAAUGCUGCGGCCGCUUAUAGACGCGUUUUGGAAUGAAGAUGUGUGGCUACCACCUAAUUCUACAUGGGCCGACCUCGCGCCCCGGCCUGAUAAGGCUGUAAUUUAUACCGACCAUCGGCAUGUCUUCUUCCCAAUACCGUUAGCACUGCUUUUCAUAACUAUUCGUUAUGUACUAGAAAGAUAUGUAUACUCUCCGUUUGGAAGGUACCUAGGGAUUAAAGGCACGAAACCUAAGAAGCCCCCACCGAAUCCUAAACUAGAAGCAGCGUAUAAAGCCUCCCCUCGUACGAAACAGCAGCUAUGCGCCCUAGCGAAACAAUUAGAUAUGACAGAGCGACAGGUGGAGCGGUGGUGGCGCCUCCGUCGCUGUCAGGACAAGCCAUCGACCCUUGUGAAGUUCUGCGAGAAUGCCUUCAAGUUCAGCUUCUACGUAUGCAACUUCGUGUUCGGCCUUUACAUACUUUGGGACAAGGAGUGGUUGUGGGACAUUGACCAGUGCUAUAUUGGGUAUCCUCAUCAGGGUUUAACAAACGACGUGUGGUGGUAUUAUAUGAUAUCAGCAGCGUUCUACUGGUCGCUGACGCUGUCGCAGUUCUGGGACGUGAGACGCAAAGACUUCUGGCAGAUGUUCGUGCACCAUAUCGCCACCAUCGCGCUGCUGUCCUUCAGCUGGGUCUGCAACCUGCAUCGUAUCGGCACCCUCGUUCUGUUAUUGCACGAUUGUGCUGAUAUAUUUGUUGAGGCGGUGAAGGCAGCCAAAUACGCCCGCUAUCAGAAGACUUGCGACACAAUGUUCUUGGGCCUGAUCGUGUCUUGGAUCAGCACUAGAGUUGGCAUCUUUCCGUUCUACAUUAUUUGGAGUACAUCGAUCCGGGCUCCUAUGCUGCUGCCAAUGUUCCCCGCCUACUACAUCUUCAACUCGUUGCUCUGCCUGCUAUUAGUUCUGCAUAUUGUGUGGACGUGCCUUAUAUUGCAGAUCGCAUAUAACACUAUCAAGGCUGGCCAGAUGGAAGGUGACAUAAGAAGUUCAAGUUCCGAACUCAGUGACAGUCCGAAUCAUUCUAAUCACAGUUCGCCCUCGCGGGCCAAUAAUAAAAAACACACAUAAAUAUAACAUUAGCGGAACAUGCAAGUCUAUAGCUCCUCGCUGGAUCUCGGGUAAUAUGUCUGCUAUUUUUAGAUGUAUUAUAUACAAAUAAGCAAAUUUAAAUAUUGUAUUACGA